GGGAAUUCAUCGACGUUCCAUCAAACAUGCUCUUGCGUUGUGUGCGGCUGACCAGUGUGCGCCGCGCCAUGUCCACCUCUGCUUCGUCCGUCCCUCCGAAAGCCGCCAUCUGCGUGAUCGGCAACGAAGUCCUCAGUGGGAAGACGCUCGACACAAACAGCAACUACUUGAGCAAGUUUCUCUUUGGCCGUGGUGUCGACGUAGUUCGGAUUUCAGUCAUCCCAGACGAAGAGGAUGUCAUCGUGGACACCGUGCGUCACUUCUCGACCCUUGUCGGCCCCGAUGGCUAUGUAUUCACGACCGGUGGCAUCGGCCCAACGCACGACGACAUCACUUACGAUAGCAUCGCGAAAGCCUUUGAUGUACCCCUCGAAGUACAUGAGCCUACGAAAGAAGCGUUGCGCCAGUACCUUGUGGCCGACCACCGCGGCCACGACCUGAACGACGAUCGACUGAGAAUGGUCACGUUUCCCCAAGGUAGAUGCUGCAACCACCGGCGUCCUCAAUCACAUUGUUUCAAAAGACUCGUGAUCAUGCAGGGUGCGACGUCUUGACGACAUCAACAUGGGUACAUACAUGGGAUGACGACGUCAUGUUGGUCAUUAUCAUGUCGAAUGAUGCAGGUGCCAAUUGUGAAAAUGCAAAACGUGUACGUAUUGCCUGGCAUCCCGCGCCUGAUGAAGCAGAUGAUCGAGUCCAACGUGGAUCACUUCAAGGGCAUUCCCAUCCACCAGGCGAUUGUAUGGAUGCAUGACGAUCGUUGAAUGUCAUCCUAAAGCAUGUGAUCCGUAGGCACGCACGAAGAAACUCGAGGGGUCCAUUGCCGCCCCGCUGAAAGCAGUGGCGAAGGACUUUCCGUCGGUGAUGAUUGGAAGCUACGUCAACCUCAAGGAGGACAACGUGGCGUUUGAAGAUCGAGCGUACAACGUCCAAGUCACAUUGUACAGCCGCGUGGGGGACGACAUCCGCGCCGCCUUGCCCGCCGCCGUCGCCGCCAUCGAAGGAUGGGUCCAUGAAGAUGUCGAAGUUGCGUAGAAAGGGACCAUGUUCUGACAGUUACAACUUGAUGGCAUUCGAAGAUCGUUAAGCUAGAAAUUUGUAUGCGUAAUCGAACUUUUUUCCAACUCGAA